CUUCGGAGCAGCGAUGUUCACCUGCAGAGCGGCCUGGCAGAGGAGCGGCUCCGCGGCGCGGAGAGCGGCCUUCACGCUGCGGCGGGACGUGGUGCCGCGGCGGUCCAUGUCCUCGGUUCCAGGCGGCUCGGGGGAGAACAUUGUGUACUCGGUGCUGUGUGGGGGGGCUCUGGUUGGUGCUCUGUCCUAUGCUUACAGCACCGUGAACUCGGAUCACAACCGCUUCAACAGCCGCCUGGAGGAUAUCAGGUCCCGACCCAAGGCGGAGUGGGUCGCCAAACCUUGGCCCCCCAAGAGCAAAGAUGAAGACGAGGCGUGACACUCACACUUAGCUACACCCCCCACCCCUCACCCCCUCCCCUCUUCCCCUCCCUGUGGGCGUUUCCCUAAAGGACGCUGUCUUUGGUCUGACGUUCACUCAAACUCCUUGCUAAAGUUUGGACUCCAUCACUGGUCUGCAGUUCGUUUCUGUGAAACAUCUAAGUGGGGGGGCUCCCUCACCUGCUCCCCCAGGUGCCAUCUGUCUCCCCGGUUGUUUCACUCUUUCCCAGCUCCUAAUCUGUCUCUUGCUAACUAGAUGAGGAAGCCGGAGCCGGGGAAGAGAUGACGGCUGAGGUGGAGGCAGAAACCAUCGUGGAGGAGGUCGCCGAGGUGGUCGCUGAAGCGGCUGAGGAGGUGGCGGAGGCGGCGCAGGAGGUGGAGGCGGUCGCAGAGGAAGUUGCUCAGGUCGCCGAAGCCGUGGAGGAAGCGGCUCGGGCCGUCGCGGAGCCGCCUCACCCUGCCGAGGAGCCCGAGAGCAACGUGCUGGCAGCUGCCUCCACCCUAGAGGUCCUGAAGGUGUCAGAAGGGAGUGGUGAAUCUGCUCCUGCUGCCGAAGUCCUAAAAGAGGAGCCUUCACCUCCAGCUGAGGAACUACCACCUGAGGACAAAGCUCCACUUGAACCAGCAGAGGUUCUCUCUGCAGAAACAAGUGUUUCAUCAGAAAGUGUUGUACCAGAACCCAUAAUGGUUCCACCAGAAGAUGGCACUCCAACAGAUAGCACUCCAACAGAUGUCACUCCAACAGAUGUCACUCCAACAGAUGCCACACCAGAAGAUGUUGUACCAGAACCCAUAAAUGUUCCACCAGUAGAUGUUUCUCCAAAAGAUGUUGCACCAGAAGAUAUUGCACCAGAAUUUGCUGCACCAGAAGAGGUUACAGCUGCAAAUGUCGCACCAGAAGUUGCAACAGAAGAGGUUACAGCAGCCGAUGUUGCACCAGAAGUUGCUGCAACAGAAGAGGUUACAGCAGCCGAUGUUGCACCAGAAGUUGCUGCAACAGAAGAGGUUACAGCAGCAGAUGUUGCACCAGAAGCUGCUGCAACAGAAGAGGUUACAGCUGCACAUGUGGCACCAGAAGUUGCUGCAACAGAAGAGGUCACAGCAGCAGAUGUUGCACCAGAAGUUGUUGCAACAGAAGUUGCCUCACCAGAAGAGGUCACAGCAGCAGAUGUUGCACCAAAAGAGGUUACAGCUGCUGAUGUUGCACCAGAAGUUGCUGCAACAGAAGAGGUUACAGCUGCAGAUGUUGCACCAGAAGUUGCUGCAACAGAAGAGGUUACAGCUGCAGAUGUUGCACCAGAAGUUGCUGCAACAGAAGAGGUCACAGCAGCAGAUGUUGCACCAGAAGUUGUUGCAACAGAAGUUGCUGCAACAGAAGAGGUCACAGCAGCAGAUGUUGCACCAGAAGAGGUUACAGCUGCAGAAGCUGCUACAACACAAGAGGUUACAGCAGCAGAUGUUGCAACAGAAUUUGUUGCAACAGAAGAGGUUACAGCAGCAGAUGUUGCAACAGAAUUUGUUGCAACAGAAGAGGUUACAGCAGCAAAUGUUGCACCAGAGAAUAAUUUGGAAGAAGCUGCUGAAGAAACUCUGGCAGUAGUGGAGCAGGAAGUGGCAGUGGUGGAACAGGAAGUGGCCGUAGCGGAACAGGAAGUGCCAACAGCUUUGAUAGAGGAAAAAGUCUCCACUGCAGUUGUGGAAGAAGCUGGAACAGUUGCCUCCCCAGAACCCGUGCAGAGCCCAGGUGGCAGCAAGGAGUACAUUGUAGUUGUUCUGGAGGGAACACCAAAGGAAGAGAAAAGGCCCAAAGUGCUGGGGGUCGGACCCAUGACUGGACGGGUGAUUCCAGAUCCAGAGGAAGAGCGGACCCCCCCUUCUGAGCAUAGGAGACGUGUCCUUAAGGUGCAGAUGGAGUGAACAGUGAAAGAAGAGGACAUGCAUUUCCCUCCCCCUGCCCCCUCCGGAGGUCCUUCCAGUCUUCUGUGGUGAUGAAGAAGAUGAGCCUUCAUCGCAGUUUUCCUCCCUCUCGACUCUGUUCCUCCUCAAUGGAGCCCCUCGUCGCAGUGUUACCCUCUUUAAGUGGGGGGAGGGGGGGGGCGUUUCUUGCUGUGAAUCGCUUUUUAUUGUGAAAUCUUAAAGCUGCAGCUCCUCUGCUACCUCACCCACCACACCCCCCUCAGUGUUUACCUCAGCAGACCAGCUGAGUCUUUCAACUGUGAAGCUUUCUCUGGUGGUUCAGACGGACGUGGGAGUUUGAGUCUGAUCCUUCAGUGGUUCUGGUUCUGUCUUUGCCGCUCCUCACUUUCACAGAUUCGUGAAGAUAAAGCUGAAUGUAGAAAACCUCAGACACUUCACCUCCUGUUUAUGGAAAACCAGACUUCAGUAUUUUCUGUUGCUUUUCUGUUGCUUCUGAGCCAAAGAGGGCGUGUCUUCAGCGGCGUCGUGUCUCACUUUCUCUUCUGUUCAGUGUUUGCAGUCAGAUGAUCUUUAGGGAGCCAUCUCAGUGUUGGAGCUUGUGUGGGCGGUUCUGUCCCGUUUUGGUCAUAAACAGAUUUGUUUGCCUGUACCGGUGGGGGUAAGGGGGUGUCCCUCAUUCUUGUCGUGUGAAAUAAAAACUUUCAUCUGUGAAGA